AUGGGAUUUGCAGAUAUUUAUUCUUUACUGAAAAAAUGGGCAGUCUUUGACUGGAUUCUUACAGGUAUUUUCCUUGGUGUAGGCAUGUACAUCGAAAAGAUCCCUUUUAGCGAGGAUUUCGUUGCUUAUAUCAAUUCAGAUAUAAAUAAUCCAAAACGUACAACAACUGUAUCAUAUCCUCAGCUCUGCAUAUUCCUUUACGGAAUUGGUGCACUUAUUACUCUUUUCAUUUGGAUUCUUCAUCGUAGAGAUUACACAAUUUCGGCUAUACUCUCAUCAUAUUACUUUUCAAUUGCAUUUACUAUUUUCAUCGGAUCUAUCUUAAAGCACUUAGUUGGUAGGCCACGCCCUGAUACAAUGCAAGUUUGCGGCGGAGAUGGUUCUUAUUUACAAUGCUCAACAGUUCUUUCUGGCGCCAGCCUUUACGAUCAAUUUUUCUCAUUCCCAUCUGGUCAUGCAUCAGAAUCAAUGGCUGCAGCCAUCUUUAUCGCACAUUUAAUUACAGAAAUAUGGCCAUCAGGCUCAAUGUUCGCAGCGAUGCUCAAACUAGCUCCAAUAGUUUGGUCAUUGUUCGUCGGUGCCUCCAGAAUCUGGGACCGCGCUCAUCAUGUUGAUGAUGUUCUUGCCGGUUUCCUUCUUGGAGGAAUCAUCGGAUUCUUUACAUUCCGUACCUUCAAGAUUGGUGUCGCAGUCGAGCAGAAGAAGGGCGGUGCUGCACCAACCGAUACUUCAGCUUCUCAGUUCUCAGCUUACGUUUAA